AUGGCAAUAUUUAAUGACGAUUUAAUGAAGAAGUUUGACGAAGAAUAUGGGAAGGCUCAUCCCUAUUGCUCCAAAGAAGAGUUGCUAGCAUACAACACUAAACCAAACAAAAAUGGGCACCCAAGAAGAACCCGCAAUGCAGCUCUGAUAUAUCUAAAGGAAUAUAGUAAACAACUGAAGAGCCGAGGAAAUCCUGUCUAUAUAAGGGGAGGCGCGAAAACGCUUGUCAAACAAGCGAUGGAAGAAUGGAACCUCCUCGGACCCUCCCAACGACUCUUAUACGAACUUGCAGCCGCUAUAAUAGAAAAGAAAUUCAAAGAAACGUACCCGGGCUACAAGUUCAUGCCUCAACCGAAAAAGAUCCAAACGAUCUUUAAACCCUAUAGUAAAAAAUGUGCGGGAAACAUCAGCCCAAUGGCAGUGCAAAUGCCAGAAACAACAGAAACGAAUGGCAUACACAACAACUCAAAUGUCCCAGGAACAUCCUUUUCUGGCAAUUGCUCCCCUUCGCAAUCUUCCGAAACUAGCCCAGACGUUGAAUCUCCUGAGUCCUCUUUCAUAUUGUCACCGCAAUUGUCUCCCCCGACGUCAGAGGCUGCAUUAUCGAAUGAAUCUUUGGAAUAUACCAUGACUUCAAAACCUGAACAGCAGCCAACUGUCGAAUAUGUUUACGACAAUGAUUUAUAUACGGGUAACGCUUCAUUGCACGGAUGUGAGGAGCUUAAUGAUCAAUUAGAUUUAUUUGAAGAAGAGUCCAAAAAGGAUUUGAUUUCGAAUACAAACUAUUAUUCAUAUUAUAAUUUAUUGUAUCAAUACUUUUGA